AUGACGGCACUAGAUGAACUCAAUACAACUAUUCUGAGAAAAGAACUACGACAACGAAACCUCGACUCGAAAGGAACGAAGGCAGUUUUUAUCGACCGCAUAAGGGAUGCUUUGAUAAAUGAAAAUAAAAGAGUGACAUAUAUGCAACCGGAGUUGUUGAGAGUCACGAAAACAGUAGAAGCUAACAAUUCGAACAGCAAUAAUGAUUUAGAGACUUCAUUGCUAGCAAAAAUUACAACAUUACUUGAUACAGUUCAAAAUAAGAUAGAAAACAAAUUAAGUGACAGUGAAAACAUGCACACAAGCACAUAA